AAGAAUUCUGAGCUGAAAUUCAUACGAAGAACAAUUGCUCCCAGAUAUUUAUUAUCCACUUUUAGAGUGAGAAAAGGAACAGUUUCUAGUGAGAGAGACUCACAGUAGUUUGAUAAUUUGUAUUUGUAGAGAAGUUUUUAUAUACAUUUUGGUUAUCUAGCUGGAGAUAUGAGUGGAUAAAUAGUAAGAUUCAGUGCUGGGGGAGAAUUUUCCGGAGGCAAUGGCAAUCGGCGCCGUCGUUUCUCUCCGGAAUUUUGGCUCUUUCAUCGGUUCUGGACGGGUAUAUUAUGGAGAAGCAGCUACGGAUCAUCAAAGAAGUGACCACCUGAGUGUUGCUUCUGUGCAGUGUAUAACUAGAAAUAUGUUUUGCAGCAAGGUAUAUAAUCCACGGACAAGCUUUUCAUUUCGCUAUACUAGAGAUCAACCAAACAAGGAAGUUUCUGGAUCAAAUUCAACAUCUCAUGUUAAAAUAGAUCCUCCUCUCUUAAUGUCCCGCCAAAUGAGCAAGGAUUUUCAGUCCGUUAUUACAAGGAGAAAAAGAGUCUACCGAUGCUGCCUUUCCUCAGCUUACCAAGGUGCUAGUUGGAUUCAAGCAAGGAAGUUGGAUAAGCUUCGUUUUGUUGAUGGAUCAAAGCAUACCACAGUGAUGAGAACCCGAGCAGACUUCAAAUCUCAAGAUUAUGACAUAACAGGAACCGAGCUGGAGAGCUUUGUAUCGUCUGAGGGGGCAGGUGAAGCUGCUCUACUCGAAGGAGUUGAGACAGCAAAACCAUGGUGGAAGCAAUUUCCAAAGCGCUGGGUGAUGGUGCUACUUUGUUUUGCUGCAUUUCUGUUGUGCAACAUGGACCGUGUGAAUAUGAGCAUAGCAAUACUCCCAAUGUCAAAGGAAUUCAAUUGGAACAGCGCAACUGUUGGCCUGAUUCAGUCAUCUUUCUUCUGGGGUUAUCUGCUCACACAGAUUGUUGGAGGCAUAUGGGCAGAUAAGAUUGGUGGGAAGCUAGUACUUGGUUUUGGAGUAGUUUGGUGGUCUGUUGCAACAGUUUUGACACCUAUUGCUGCAAGAAUUGGGCUUCCAUUCUUACUUGUCAUGCGAGCCUUCAUGGGAAUUGGCGAGGGUGUGGCUAUGCCUGCCAUGAAUAAUCUUCUUUCAAAAUGGAUUCCAGUGUCUGAGAGAAGCAGAUCUCUUGCACUAGUAUACAGUGGCAUGUACCUUGGUUCAGUUACUGGUUUGGCGUUUUCUCCUAUAUUGAUCCACAAGUUUGGGUGGCCAUCGGUUUUCUAUUCUUUUGGAUCCCUUGGAAGCAUCUGGUUUGCACUGUGGUUGAGCAAAGCACACAGCUCACCAGAAGAAGAUCCAGACCUAAGCUUGGAGGAAAAGAAGUUGAUCUUGGGAGGCAGCAUAUCAAAAGAACCUGUCUCCAGAAUUCCGUGGAAGAAAAUUCUAUCCAAGGCCCCUGUCUGGGCUCUCAUUAUCUCCCAUUUCUGCCAUAAUUGGGGAACAUUUAUUCUGUUGACGUGGAUGCCUACUUACUAUAACCAGGUUUUGAAGUUCAACCUCACAGAAUCUGGAUUACUUUGUGUGCUUCCAUGGCUCACAAUGGCCGUGUUUGCUAAUAUAGGUGGUUGGAUUGCAGAUACCCUUGUGAGCAAAGGCCUGUCAAUUACAUCAGUUCGCAAGAUAAUGCAGUCGAUUGGGUUCUUGGGCCCUGCUUUUUUCUUAACACAGCUUAGUAAUGUGAAGACACCUGCUUUAGCUGUUCUAUGCAUGGCUUGCAGUCAGGGAUCUGAUGCUUUCUCACAGUCUGGUCUAUACUCCAAUCACCAAGAUAUUGGGCCCCGUUACGCAGGUGUACUGUUGGGACUAUCUAACACAGCUGGUGUGCUUGCUGGUGUCUUUGGGACUGCUGCAACUGGAUACAUACUCCAAAAGGGUUCUUGGGAUGAUGUGUUCAAAGUGGCUGUUGUGCUGUAUAUCGUCGGCACAUUAGUGUGGAACUUCUUUUCGACUGGAGAGAAGAUUCUGGACUAGAGUAUCAAAAUUAAAUAGAAAGAGAACUGCUAUAUACCUAAAAAGGUACCAUGGAAGAAGAGGGUGUCGAAAGGAAAAUCAAAAGUCACAAAUACUGCACGAAGGAGCUCAACUGAAUCAUUCUUCAUAUUCUUACUUUGCUAGACCCCGGUUGACGGCCAGCUGCUCGAGAUGUUUAAGUAAGUUGGUCUAAGAUUGAUGAAACCCCUGAGAUUAUUACGUACUUGUGUUUAUGCUAAGAUUAAUAGCACGGGCCAAUACGGGUCUCAGUUAUUCGAUUGUAACGCGUACAGUUGAUGCACUGUCAAAGAGAGACUCUAAAUGAUCUAAUUUAUUUUCUACUAGAUUGUAAUUCUGCCUUCUGACAUCGACCGCUUUCUGAGUUUAGAUUAUUUAGCUUGUUGCAUCAGGAGAUGCUUUCUGGGAAA